ACUUGUAAGAAUUGUAGGGCAUUGGGAAUCUUAUUCAUUCACCUUCCAGUUUCGGUUUCUAGACUAUCCUGCCCCUUCCUUAUCAAGCUCUACAGUUUGUCGGUCAUCUUUUUUUAUGAACUGUAAAUACAUCUUGUAUACUUGCUGAGUCACUGGCUCACUUUUUUCUCUUCCUCUUUUUCCUUCCAGAUUCUCGUAGUCACCACUAAAUUCACAUUACUCUACGUGCCCCCUGCAGCAACGUUCCUACGUUCAGGGUGUACGUUAAUCUCUCGACAGCCGGUCGUUACAGGAUGACGGCUAAGCUAUCUUCAGAUACCAACUAUGAUUUAGAACAACAGUUCAUUCUUCGUAUGACGGAUACACUCGCUGCUCAAAACUUAGCAGCUGAUAUUGAAGCUGGAAUACCCUUUAAAGAAAGCUUUACUAUAGAAUUCAAACCCGAUAUGCGACAUACAAUUGUUCGGUAUAAUGGUCAAGUGUACCAAGGUCAGAUUAUGGAUCUCCCAUGUAUAAUAGAAUCUCUGAAGACGACAGAUAAGAAAAAUUUCUAUAAAACAGCUGAUAUUUGUCAGAUGAUGAUAUGCACUCAAGGAGAUCAAACUGGUCCUCUUCGCGGAACUGCUGCAUACUUAGACAGUCGCCCUGGUUCACGCAAUAAAACUUUUGACAUAGGUCAUGAAAAUCGAGAAUUUCAAUUUCUUCACGGGAUAACUCCACCUUUAAAAAAUGUUUUACACAGAAGAUUUCGAAAAACACGUAGAAAGCGUUUUGUAGAUAUGCCUAAAAUUGAAAAAGAAGUUAAACAAUUACUUCGAGCAGAUUUACAAGCUGUAAAUGUAAAAUGGGAAGUAAUAUGGACUGAUCCACCUGCACCGAUGAUACGAGCUAAUGCCAAGAAUAAUUUAGGUACAUUAAAUACUGAAUCUGGUAGUGGAGAUGAUCGUCUAGGUAAUCAGCAUCCAACAGCUGAUGAUGAAAUAGAAGAUGAAGAUGAAGAUGGGACUCGAGCUUAUGCCAUUGAUCACCGUGAUGUAUUUGGUGAGAUUAGUAGUAGCAGUAUGGGUUCAUCCACUGAUAGUGAUGAUAGUAGUAGCAGCAGUCGUGGCGAAGGUAGGGAUCGUCGUAAUCGUCGUCGUCGUGGUGCAGGUAGUAGUGGUCAUCUUAGCGAUAAUGAUGAGAAUGAACCAUCAUCGUUGAUUGGUCGAGAUGGCAGAGAAAAAGGCAAACAUCAGUUGUCUAAACAAAAUCAAAAUUGUGACAGUAUAGAGAUUGGUCAAUCCUCUUCAACAACUACAUACAAAAAUGGAGAAUCUGUUCUGACUACUGUGAUACCUUCAGGCGAUAAUGGUACUGCUAGUGUUACUGUGUCUGAAUCUAACAAUCUUGGCAACCUUAAAGAUGAACUAGCUGCAGAACUUCUUCUAUCAGAUUCUGGUGAUGAACAAGACGAUACAAAUAAUGAUCUGAAUGUUUCAGAUGCAGUAGGCGGUAUUGUUGAUGAAAUUGGCGGAGGUAUUGUUGAUGAUGAUGACGACUUACAAACGUCUGUUGUAGCUGAACUGGUCGCAAAUUCUGUCAAUACCAAUUGUACAGAUGUUGGAGGCAUAAGUGAAUCUCUUCAUCGAAUGACUGGUAUUCCUGGUGGAGAUUUAGAUGAUUUAGAUGUUGUUGUAGACGAUGAUGAUGAUGAUGAUAAUAUCAUGCAUAGAGGCGGUGAACUACUAGACGAUAAUUCAUUUAUGGGUUUCAGUUCUACUAAUACUAAUGUUACUUCACACGGACAUAGAACAACAACACAUGAUUAUCAUAAUGUUGUAUUCAAUACAGACAUAGAUGAUAUCGAUGAAGACACUUUGUAAACAAUAGUCAACGUAUAUUGCUACAGUGGGACUGAUCGAUCUAUCUAUUUCAUAAUUAGGAUAUACGGAUACCUUGUACUUGGAUUUGUAAGAGAUACAUAUGCUUCAUCCAAAAUUAAUUUUUUGAUUGUAAAUAAAAUUUAUAUUGUACUUG